CACAAUAAGGGCCAAAAAAUUGUACGAAUCUGUAAAGCAACACGACAACAAGAGAUUUAUUAAUGGCGACGAGAGAGAGGAACAGGGAAGAUGAUAUGGAGCUCCUAAUUCCAGCUUCGGAAAUCUCUGUAAAUGGAGCCUCCAAAUCCUCCUCCCCAUCCGACUCUCCACCUCCUUCUAUUUCUCAUCACUCUGGUCGCGAGUCGCGAGUAAUUAGGAGCUGGGCUUCAAAGAAAUUUAUGUCUGGAUGUGUCAUUCUUCUUCCAAUGGCCAUCACAUUCUACGUCACAUGGGGUUUCAUUAGUUUCGUGGAUGGUUUCUUCUCUCCGAUCUAUAGUCAUCUUGGGAUCAAUGUUUUUGGUCUUGGAUUUGUUACCUCCAUAUCCUUCAUCUUUUUAGUUGGUAUCUUCAUGUCAUCGUGGUUGGGAGCUUCUGUUCUUGCUCUUGGGGAAUGGUUCAUCAAGAAAAUGCCUUUUGUAAGCUAUAUAUAUGCUGCGUCAAAGCAAAUAAGUACAGCAAUAUCACCAGAUCAGAGCUCUAAUGCAUUCAAGGAAGUGGCUAUUGUAAGGCAUCCGCGUAUUGGGGAAUAUGCAUUUGGAUUCAUCACUUCUUCUACAGUUAUUCUUCAGCAGAGCACAGGGGAGGAAGAACUCUGCUGCGUUUAUGUGCCUUCGAACCAUCUCUACAUUGGCGACAUAUUUCUUAUUAGUUCAAAAGAUAUUUUGAGGCCAAAUCUGUCUGUCCGAGAAGGGAUCGAAAUUGUCAUCUCUGGGGGUCUAUCCAUACCCCAGAUGUUGACUACAUUGGAUGUACAAGCAACCCCGUCUGGAAGAGUCGAUAUAACUUCUCAGCAUAGAGGAAUAAAUCUGUAGGCAAACAAUGUUCAGCGAAGAAAUUGAGGAGGCGAGAAAUCUUUCAAUGUUAGAUGGAAUGGAUUUUAUGAUUGUGAAGAAGUAAAGAUGAAACUGGAACAAAAACCUACAAAGAAAUCUAAGGGGGCACGACAAAUGGGAGUUUGUGUUCAUGUACUAAAAAUUACAGAUGGCCUCCACAGGGGAAACUUGUACCAGCUAAACAUCCUAAUUUUGAUGCUUUGCAUACCCUGUUUACGAAAAUGGUCCCCUUUUUUUUUUUUUUCGGUGAACCAAAAAAUUACUGCUUAUACAUGCGCAAAAGUGGAUAUUUUUCAGUCUUGAUUAGUAAUUUGGCAGUACUCUUAACAGCACAAGCUAAGUUUUUCGUACCAUGAUUUUUUUCCCAGAAAAGGAAAAG